UGAUGUGGAAGAAAAAUAUCGCAGUGGAAUUUCCUUGGAGGCAGAGCUUACCAACUGGUAUUAGUACCAGUAGUUGUCAGGUAUGCAGCCCAACCCAGAGAAGCAGGGUUAUGACUUGCAGCCCAACCCAGAGAAGCAGGGCUAUGAAUUGCAGCCCAGAGAUGUAGUACUUCAGAAAAGAGUCUCAAAGCUAUUCCUGAUGGAUAAAGAAAGUCGGAGUCUUGUGCAAGAGGAAAAUUCUGUAUGUAAUUAUGAAAGCAACCAUGCUGAUACUCCAAGAACAUCUUCCAUUGAUGAAAAUCAACAAAGCUUCAAAGUCUAUAAGAGACGGUGGUACAUUCUUUUUCUGUUUGCAUUUUUUGCAUUUACCCAGUCUCUCCACUGGAAUACUUGGCCUCCUAUUGCUCAAACAACUAAUGAAUUGUUUGGUUGGACAGUUAGCAAUGUUGCUUUACUCACUAACUGGGGACCAAUCACAUAUACUCUUUGUGCUUUACCUAUAUCUUGGGUGAUAGAAACCAAAGGACUCCGGACAACAUGUCUCAUCACUUCUUUAUCUCUUUUCCUUGGAUCUGGUAUCAGAAGCAUCACAUUAAAGACCCCAUACAUUUAUUGGCUCAGUAAUGUGGGCCAAAUCAUAAUUGGCUUUGCAGCUCCAUUUACAAUCUCAGCCUCCACAGCUUUGUCCUCAGCUUGGUUUCCAAUGCAUCAACGUUUCACAGCAACUGCCAUUGCUAAUGUGUUUCUUACUCUAGGUGCUUCAGCAAGUUUGUUUGUUGGUCCAUUGGUUGUGUCUACAAACGCCUCCAUUAGCAACAGUACCUCUAACCACAGCAGUUUCCCUGUGAUAAAUUCUUCAGUUUAUGAAGAUCACUUAGAAAAAGAAAGAAUUGAACUUAGGACUCUUCUCUUUUCAGAGUUUGGAAUGUCUGCAGUCAUUUUCUUUCUGGUUGUUAUCUACUUUCCUAAUAAACCACCAUCACCUCCCACAAUGUCAGCAAGAAUGGAAAGAUUAAACUUCACAGAAGGCAUCACGAAUCUAAUGAAGAAUUACAGAUUCUGGAUGUUGGCUGCUAUUUAUACACUUUGCUCUGGUGUCAUUUCCAGCUGGUUAGCAGUCAUCUAUAUCAAUUUAAAACCUCAUAAUAUUUCACAGAAAAGUGUUGGAAUAUUUUCCAUUUACAUUGGAAUUGGUAGCUGUUUGGGAUCACUAGUCCUGGCAAAGUUAUCAGACAUGUUUGUGAACUACACUAGAAUAUUUCUCUCAGCUCUCAUUACAAUCUCCAUUGGACUGCUGACAUGGUUCCAGUUGAUGUAUGAAAAUGUCCUCCACAUCACAGAUGUUCAACUGACCUUGUCAAUAACCCUUUCUAUGAUAUUCCUCACAUCUAUCUACCCAAUCCUUUAUGAAAUGAGUUCUGAGGCAGCAUUCCCUAUUGCAGAAGGAGUCGCUAAUGGAGUUUUAAAUCUGCUCUCCAAUGCUGUGUCUUUGGUUUUCUUGUUUAUUCUCAUGAUACCUAAUAUUGGUGUAUCAUGGAUGAACUGGACACUACUGACUGCAGUCAUUUGUGUACUUCCAGUUAUCUGUGCUUUCAGAAACAAAUUUCGUCGCAUCGAAAUUGACAAGAAAUAUUUAUCUCCCAGCUAACCUGAGACUGAAUCCUUCCUCUCAAGAACAAUUUUCCUACUCUCAAGUGAUGAUUAACAGAAAUACAUGUAGAUGUGUGUACGUGUGUGUGCUAAUUAGACUAUAGAAUCAGUCAAAACUCAUUAUACAUAAUAAUCUGAGUUUCUGAACAACACUUGUGAAAAUUUGUAUAUAUUUGGUUUGAAUUCUUAUUACCAUAGCGCUUAAGUCAUUAGUCAUAACUCAACUGGAUCUCAGUAACUCAACAUACAGAGGUAGUAGGUUUACUUCCAAUACACACACACACACACACACACACACACACACACACACACACACACAUUUUAGUGUUUAUGGUAUGUGUGUGUAUGUUUCUUUUGUGUCUAUAGAAUAAUUAUGAAUAGUGUAUGAGCAGACUGCUUUUCAAUAAUACAAAUGACUUGAAAAAUAAACAGAUGGGUGGUGGGAAAAAGUGUUGUUCUAUUUUAUAUAUAUUAAAAUUAUUUUUAUUAUGAA